GGUUUGCCGCAUGCAGCUCUCGCCUCCUGCCCAUCACCCCCCUUCUUUUUUGCCAACCUCAGCAUUCUGCUUACAUCUAUAUACUCUUCUUUGUUUUCUAUUCUCUCUGUCUUUUCAACUUUAUUGUCUCGCAAACCGUUUGUUGUCGUCUGCGCUGCCGCUUCACUUCUCCAUCGCGGAUCUUACGAAGCGACGACACCGUAGUUUCACCUUCCACCCUCGUCGUGAAAGCCGCUCUCUCUCUCUCUUGCUCGGAAAGCAUCACCAGAGGUGUUUCCGUCUGCGCUGAACUGUUCAAAAAAAAAAAUUUGGGCGGGAGCGAAAUGAAAUCUGAUGAAGCGCCGCCGCCGUCCGAGGCGAUCACGCCAGCCGAGAGAUCUGACGUGAACGAGACGAGCGAGGAGCCACCAGCACGGUACCCUGGGACCGAUGCGAUCAUGCACGACCCUCCCGAAAAGGGCUCGACGACCGACAGAGAUGCGGCCAGCGGCACAGAUGGCCAUCCCCACGAUUCGGUAGAGAGCGAUAACGUGCGUAACGCCUCUGGCGACCCGGCGCUGCUGUGGACGAUGGAUGAGGAGACGGUGCUCCUGCACUGCAGCGAGGCGUCACUGAAGCACAUUCGCACCCGCUUGGAAAACCUUUUGUUGGGUGUCUCCCACGCCCUCCGUACCCGCGAGACCCGUGGCGACUCGCAGGGGCCACUGGAGAGCCGGUCGGGAUCAGCCAGUCGGUCGGGCUCAACCGGUCGGACAAAAAGCCGCCCUGUGCUGGACUUUGCGGAGUCGGUGCUCGUCGCCGAUCACGCUGUCCGCCGCAUCGUCGGGGAGGCCUUCAACGCCUUCGAGGAGGACGAAGUUUCGCAGAUGGCGCAGCUGUGCUCGCUGGCAGACCGCGGCGCCGGCGACUGCGAAGCGCUCGUGCGCAACGCGGUGGUGGUGCUUCAGGCAUUAACCCACGACGGCGAGGCAGUGCGCAACGUGCAGAAGUUCCGUGAGUUUGUCGAGGAGCAUCGCGAGGUAAUGGGCAGUGCGCAGUGGAGACACGACUACGUGACGGCUAUGCGCUCGAUGGCGGUGGGGUUUUUGCGCGAGCCGACCGCGAUUAUGGCGUCCUACGGCAACUCGAUGAAUCAAAUCGUGGAGCACGAGGCUCUGUACGUGGGGCUGCUGCGCCUGUGCGGAGAACGCCCGCUUGGCAGCACGCCGCAUCCGAAGGAACUGGCAGAGAGCCUGGACGGUGCGUCACUGAACCUGCGACCCAUCCAGGAGGCGCAGAGCGAGCAGCAGCACCAGCAGUAUCAAGACGCCACACACCCACCUGCAACCAAGACCCGCACCGCAACAGCGCCAAAGCACAACUCCAUCUGCAUCCACACGACGAAAAACUCAAGCAAGCGCACUCACGAGCGGCGUCCGUCCUCUACGCCGCAGCAGCACCACCAGCGGCCAACGAAGCCCUCCACCGAGGACCUACAAAAUGCCAUGGAAGGGCUGAUGCGCAACGGCUCCUCCAGUCCCGUUUCUCCCCUCAAUAUGUCGGGGUCUCGGCAAGACAGUGCGGCGGGCCCCCCGCCAAAGAGGCUGCACAAACUGCGGAAGUCUCUGAGCCACAGCGACUCCACCAUCGACGCGGAGCAACGCGCCUCUGCGUCGUGCGCGCGAGCGAAGAAGCAGAAGCCAAAGAGCGAACCCGUGCCGGAGGUGCCGCGACGGCUCAGUCUUCAUAACGGCAAAGGGACCCCCAUGUCGCAUUACUGA